UUCUAGAGAACUACAGUACGUAUUCAUCUCUUCCGUGUCAACAACAAGAAGUCGGCCAACUAUAUAUGCUCUACAAUCAAGUAAUAACGAGGUAAGAAUUAAAAGGAGCUCUUUGGCCGGUGGUAGUUUUGGCCUGAGUUGGUGAUCGGCAUCAUGGAGGUGGUUAUGAACAUUCUCAAGACACCAGUGCCCAGUGGGGUGUCUAUGACCCUGGGCCUGUUCAUGAUCUUCCUGGCUCUGCUGUACUGGUAUGCUACGUUCCCCUAUUCGUCCCUGGCUCAAUGUGGAAUAAGGCACCCCAAACCGUCCCCAUUCUUUGGGAACCUGUUUCUAUUUCGUCAGGGCUUUUUCGGUGUUCACACAGACCUGAUUCACAAGUAUGGGAGAGUAUGUGGAUAUUAUCUAGGCAGGAGGCCUGUGGUGGUGGUAGCUGACCCUGAUAUGCUCAGACAGAUCAUGGUGAAGGACUUCAGCACCUUCCCCAACAGAAUGACAAUCCGUGCCGCUACUAAGCCCAUGAGUGACUGUCUGCUGAUGCUGAGGAACGAGCACUGGAAGAGAGUACGCAGCAUCCUCACCCCCUCCUUCAGCGCAGCCAAGAUGAAAGAGAUGGGUCCUCUGAUCAACACUGCUACUGACACCCUGCUCACCAACCUCAAUUGUCAUGCUGAGUCUGGAGAAAGCUUUGACAUUCACAGGUGUUUUGGCUGUUUCACCAUGGACGUGAUUGCCAGCGUUGCAUUUGGCACUCAGGUGGACUCUCAGAAGGACCCAGAUGACCCGUUCGUCCACCACGCCCAGAAGUUCUUCUCUUUCUCCUUCUUCACACCCAUCAUGUUCGUCUUCAUUGCGUUUCCAUUCCUGAUUCCUCUGGCCCGUUUCCUCCCCAACAAGAGGAGGGAUGAGAUGAACAACUUCUUCAUCAACUGCAUUCAGAAGAUCAUCAGACAGAGAGAUGAGCAGCCAGUUGAAGAGCGGCGGCGAGACUUCCUACAGCUGAUGCUGGAAACGCGGAGCAGCAAGGAGUGUGUGUCGCUGGAGCACUUUGACGUGGUCAACCAUGCAGAUGAGCUGGCCCCCAUACACACUCACACAAACCAGCAAGAAAAUGUUGACGGCAGCCAUGAGUCACCCAGCAGGCGCUCUGUCCAGACCCAGAAGAGGAUGAUGUCGGAUGAUGAGAUCGUGGGCCAGGCAUUUGUGUUCUUCUUGGCGGGGUAUGAGACCAGUAGCAACACGCUGGCCUUCACCUGCUACCUCCUGGCUCUACACCCAGAGUGUCAGAGCAAACUGCAGGCUGAGGUGGAUGACUUCUUCACCAGAUAUGAUUCACCAGAUUACACCAAUGUUCAGGAGCUGAAAUAUCUUGACAUGGUCAUAUCAGAAGCUCUGCGCCUCUACCCGCCUGGUUUCAGGUUUGCCCGUGAAGUUGACGAGGACUGCAUGGUGAAUGGACAGUUCCUACCCAAGGGAGCCACCCUGGAGAUCCCUGCAGGCUAUCUGCACUAUGAUCCAGAGUACUGGCCCGAGCCAGAGAAGUUCAUCCCUGAGAGAUUCACAGUGGAGGCCAAGGCCAGCAGACACCCGUUUGUGUACCUGCCGUUUGGGGCGGGGCCCCGCAGCUGUGUCGGCAUGAGGCUGGCCCAGCUGGAGAUCAAGAUGGCCCUGGUGCAUGUCUUCAGGAAGUUCAACAUUGUGGCCUGCACAGACACCAAGGUUCCUCUGGAGUUGAAGUCUCACACCACUCUCGGACCCAAGAAUGGCAUCUAUGUGACAAUCACUAAAAGAGAGAUAGAGGGAGAACCGGCGACUCCCUCUGCAGGAGAAUAGCUCUGUUCUGUAUCUGCUUUCUAGAACGUAGUGUGAUUUCUAUGAAACAGAUACAUUAUCCAUCCAGUGACUGCUUAUUUUAAGGCUAAAAAUAAAGUAACAUUAACCUAGCCUGGUCCCAGAUCUGUUUGUGCUGUCUUGCUAACCUCUAUGGUUAUUGUCACACUUUUGGCACUCCCUUUACAUAAGAGAGUUGGCAAUAAAGCACAAACAGAUCUGAGACCAGGCUAGCAUUGAGUUUGAGUUUGAGUUUAUUUUUACAGGGACAGUGCACAUUAAUCAACGUUUCAGUAAAAGUGCCGGUUUUAGCCAGACGGCUAAUUUUCAACCGCAGUCCCUGGGCAGGUUAUUAAAAACAAUUACAAUAUAGACAAUAGCAACAUAGAACAAGCAAGACAUAGCAUACAGACAGAGCAACAUAGGACAAGAAGACAUAGCAUACAGACAGAGCAACAUAGGACAAGAAGACAUAGCAUACAGACAGAGCAACAUAGGACAAGCAAGACGUAGCAUACAGACAGAGCAACAUAGGACAAGCAAGACGUAGCAUACAGACAGAACAAAAAGCAGCAGGACAAAAUUCAUAAAAGCAACAAAGUGUUUCCACACCUCACAAGCUACAGACAGAUUAACCUCUUCUUUAACUUAAACAUCUAAAAGUAUUUGGUUAAAUGUACUUAAGUAUCAAAAGUAAAACAUUUCAAAUUCCUCAUAUUAAGCAAACCAGACGGUACCAUUUUUAUUUUAUAAAAAAAAAUACAUGGAUAGACAGGGCCACAUUCCAACAUGCAGACAUCAUUUACAAAUGAAGCAUGUGUGUUUAGUGAGUCCGCCAGAUUAGAGGCAGUAGGGAUGACCGUGAAUUGCACUAUUUUCCUGUUCUGCUAAGCUAUCAAAAUGUAACAAGUACUUUUGGGUGUCAGGGAAAAUGUGUGGAGUAAAGUACACUAUUAAAAGUAAAAGUAGUCAAAAAUAAGUCAAGUACAGAUACCCCCAAAAACUACUUCAGUAGUACUUUUUUACUUAAGUACUUUAUGCAACUGCUUCCAUGGUAAAUUACAAUUUGCACAGAAAAAGUGAGGUUGUGCCAGGGGCAGCUCACCUUUUUAAUCAGCCAAUGUACUGGAUGGAGGUCAAGCCCUCCAAGAGGUCCCUGCCAAUGGCACAAUGAUCGCCACGGUGAUUCUGCAGGACUAGAGUGAGGGGGAGAAGCAUGCUGGGGGAACUGUGAGCUAGUGGGAGGGGGAGAGACUGUGACAAACUUCUUAUAGCAAAAGAACAGCAUUCCUUGAAAUCUGUAUACAUUCAUGUUGAUAUCCAUUAUUACUGAAUAGUCACUGCAGGACUGCAUUAAAGGGAAGGAUCAAUUCAUAGUAUAAUGUAUGUUAGAACAUGCCCAUUAACUAUUAAAGGGAUAGUUCAUUAAAAUUAAAAAUAUAUAAUAUUGGUUUCCCUGUAAGUAGUCUAUGGAUAAGACCAUCCAUGCUUUAGUUUGGUUUACCUGUCCACUGUCUCCAAAUGCUAUGCAAUACCUUGUCCAUAGACUUUUUACAGGGUAAAGUAAUCCGAAUGUUUUUGUCAUUUGGAUGGACUAUCCCUUUAAGGAUUUGUAUUGUCUCUCCCAACAGCUCUAUGGCUGGAAAGUGAGUCUUUGCAAGCAUCCUCGCAAUUAUCCAUCAUAACAGUGUAGGCAUUGACUAAAUGUUAUAGGACCUCCCCCUCACAGAUUUCCAAAUCUUUCAUUUUUAAAAUGAAGCUAUGAUUUACAUGAAGGUAAUACUAAUAAGAUCACGACUCGAUGAGAGCGGAAAGCAAUAUCAGCUCACUCCAUUUCUCAUUUCCUCUUUAAGUUGAAAAGCUCUGAUGUUACUGUGUAUGAUUUCUUUAAGCUUGACUGUAUAGACUUUAAACCAAUGGGAUGGUUUUAAUUGUGUUGAUUUGGAGUGUUGCUCUGCAAUUUGAUGUUACAUAUUCAUUAAAUGUGAAAUUAAUAAUCAAAAUUAGGCAAAGAUGUGAUCAAUAUACAUUCUGAAAUAUUCCAUUUUAAUUGAAAGGAAUAAUGAUGACAUGCUAUAAAGAGUAAACGCAAUGGUGAAAUGGAAAA